GCGUUCGAGUGUAUUUAUUGAUUUCCUUUCCCCUUCUCAGGGUGUAACAUUUUGGAGGCACCGCUGGGAUAGGGAAAACAGACCACCGAGCAUACAUGGAGAAAUGGAAACAAGAAAUGCAGGAGGCACAUGAAAUAGUACGAGAGAACGCAAAGAAGGCAGCAGAGAGAAGUAAAAAACAUUAUGAUGGGAAAGUAAGAAGCUCUGUGCUAUGUCCUGGCGAUCGAGUCCUUGUUCGAAACCUGACACCUAGGGGAGGAACUGGAAAGCUUCGUAAUCACUGGGAACAGGAUAUUCAUGUUGUGAUCCGUCAGGUUGCAGAAGGCCUCCCGGUGUAUGAAGUCAAGCCUGAGCAAGGAAGAGGAAGGUCAAGAACCAUGCAUCGCAACUUGUUGCUGCCGUGUGAUUACUUACCUCUGGAAACUGAGCCAAAAGCACCACCAAAGCAAGAGAAAAGAAGGGUGAAGGAGACAGAGACAGAAAAUGCAGAUCAGAAAGAGGAAGAUGAAGAAGAGGAAUGGGUGUACUGUUACAAACCAGUAAUACACUCUCAAAUGCCCCAUGCAGACGGAGUGAUUGAGCGUGCAGACACACAACAGGACAGUGGUCAGGAGAAACAAAAUUUGAGUGAUGAUGAAUUGAUUGAAGGAAGGCUCAUAGCAAACACAGAUGAGCCUGAAACACAACAGGAAAAUGUGCCACAGGAAGAGAACUAUCAGGACAGGGAUGAGAGCUUAGUUGAAAAAGCAGUGGAUGAAAUUCCAGCAUUCCAACAUCUAGAGCCACCUGGAGGAGAAAAAGAACAGACAGAUGGUGCACCAAGGAGGGAAAGACGAGCCCCUAAAGUCUUCACCUAUGAUCAACUUGGGACUCCAACAUGCUAUAGUACAGCAUAUGGAAAUGAAAGGCUCUACCAACAUCAGCCCAUACAAUAUCAACACAUUCGACCAGUGACACUGUGGACCAAUCCAUUCCAGACCUACCAACCUAUAAUUAUGCAAGGAUACUAGACACAGAUUCAGUGCCGAAAAUGAUGAAUGAAGAGAACAGAUCACUAAAUUUGGGUGAUUAAUUGGCGGUACCCUCCCACCGAUCACGUGGUUGAGCCAACUAGGAUAUAAUGACUUAAGAACCCUUGGUUUAUGAGUGCUGUGAUGUCGGGACGACAUCUAACUUUGUAGGGGAGAGUGUGAUAGGUUGAUUUUAUUAUUCUAUUGAUUAUUAAUCAAAGUUCAUAAUUGAGGUAAAUAUCUCCAUGGGAAUUGUUAAGAAUAUAACCUAUCAUUCUUCCAUCGGUGAUCUACUUGUUGAGCCUUUUUGUUAAUGUGUGGGAUAUGUGAUCAUUUAGUCAUACCUUGCACUGCAGGAGGGGGGCACUCCGGCCGCGGUGCUUCAUUCUCAAUGAAGCUGCUGAAGGAGAAGCAUCGCGUUCGAGUGUAUUUAUUGAUUUCCUUUCCCCUUCUCAGGUAUGUGAUGAGUGUUGUGCUCCUAAGCUGUGGAGAUAUGUGCCGAGUUUUGUUUGACUCUCUGUAGACUGACUCACUACCUGUUCAAGACGUUUUGAAGUGUUAUUUCUUUUGCAUUUCUUGUAGCAUACUGUUGGCUAGCUAGCUGAGCUAAGUGCUCUACGCUGCCGCUAGCAUAGUGCACUGCGCCGCCAGAAUGUGUGCAUACGGUGAUGGCGAUGCAUGUGCGUGUUAGUUCUGUUUGUACUGAACAACUAUUGUAGAGAGAAUAGGAAUAAGGAAAAAUGUCUGUUGAUGUGUGUAUAUAAGUGUUAUUUUCAAUACUUUGGAGUUUGAUGAUUUAAAUUUGUGUUUAAUAAUUUGCUUGGGCAUUUAUGUCAUAUUUGGGUUCACCUGCAAGGGAGGACGGGGAAAUUAUACUGUACCUUGGUUGAAAUCAUUAUUUACCUGUGAAGACAGAUGAAGGAAGAUCAUUUUGUGAUAUUGUCCUAGAACUGACUGAUGUGUACUUUU